CUCGCGUACUCAUCUCCGCCCGCCUUUAUGGAGAAGAUUUAGUCUACCUAUCUUAGAACACGUCAACGUCAAUGCGUACUCGUCAAGCCGUGUGUUGGGACGCGUCAUAUUUGACGUGUCCGCUUUGAUAGGUGCUUCCCUACAUAUUCCUCUCGACGCGUGCUGCUAGCGGCCUGCCUUGCGCGUGUUCAAGUUUUGGCCGACACCGCUCUGCCACGUCCGCUGAACAUCGUCCUUGAUUCACAUAACCUGUCGAUGCACACUGUCAGUUAUGUUCCCACCCAAGGACCUAUACGCGAAACACACUGAUGGGUGGGGGCCGAGGCGAUGCAGUUCGACAAGCCUCGCGCUAUGCGUCAUGCAAUCGCACGGCGAGACCGAUACAAGGAAGACGUUCGGCGCGUUCUCUCUGGUGCAAGCAACUGGUCAGACGAUCCUAGGGCCCAUCCUAUGCGGGAUCAUCUUUAGUAAGGCGAUCUCAACGUACCCCAAGACGAUUUACGUCGUCGCAGACAGUGUGAUGUUCGCCUCCAUUGUCAUUCUGCUGCUCCUCCGCACCGACGCGCUGAUCAAGCCGGCUCGCCGCAAAGGCAAGCGGGUCUGCCUUGGUGCGGUGGAGGCGCGCUCGAGGUUCAGCGGGUCGCCCUCCGAGGAGUCGCUUGCGUCGUCGCGCGUGCUCAAAGUCCCGCAGGGCGGACACUCGUAUGAGGCGACGAGCUCUAUCUCGGGUUCGGGCUCUGCGCAUUUGACCGGGACGUCGUAUCAGGGGACGUGA